ACAACACAGGACCAAGUCCAUAGUCCAUAGUAGUCUAAAGGUCUGUAUUCCCUACACCUCCCAUCAAUCUCUUUCUUUGUGGUACGACAAGGCGAUGGUGCCUGCUGCCACUGUCACUGCGGCCUUUAUCCAUAGAUUCCCUGCUGUUUUGUCAAACAAACAAGGAAAAGAAAAGAUUCUUUUAUUCUCUUACAGUCCAGCUAUGCCUAUGAGACACAGCCACAGUCCACAGUCCACAGUCCCGUUUGGACCAUCUCCAUUCUGCACCAACCUCCACUUUCUCUUUUCAGUGAAAGCAGCGAAGCCAGACAAAAUGCAUCCCACAGUGGUUCCCUGGAGCUGACACCUCCUACCCUACGGUUACCAUGACCCUUCCACACGCGCCGCUUCAUUGCGCGUGUUCUCUAAUUCUUCCCUUAAAAUCCACACCCACUCUCCACUCUUCUGCUUUCUAAUAUCUUCCCUUGCGUUUCGCGGUUCUGCCCCGCUCGCUGCUGCUUCCAGCCACCUCUCUUUUUGGACCUCCAAACCCUUACUGAUUGAGUUGCUGCGUGGGUGACUAAUGCCCUUUCUGAUGGUUCUUGUCUUCUCAUGGAUUACAAUGGCUUGGAAGUUUAUGAAUUUGCUUCCAUUUUUGGUUGAACAUUUGGAUGUUUGAUUCAUUAACAUGAAUUAUGUUCCUAGUUGCGAAAAAAGAAAAGGGGUUUGUGCAUGAUUGUUACUUGAGCUGGGUUCAUUGGAGGCAAUUUGAAAUUUACUGGUUCUCAUGCUUCUCUUAUUUUUGACUCUAUUUGAUUUUGCUCGCUGUCACAUCACAGCUCAGAACAUGGAGAUGGAGGCGAUCACAGCUUCAUUAGAGAGGUCUCUUCAAAAUUGUUCCUUAAACAACCAUAGCCAUGAGAGCAGAAGGGAAGAAGGGUCAGUCACAGAUGCAGAGGCAGAUGCCGAAGCUGGCAUAGGAAUCUCAUCCAGCUCAGACGAUGUCCUGAACAACCGCAUCUCCAACUCUGACACUACUCUAGAACUCAACUCCCAUAUAUCACUCCCUUACCACUGGGAACAAUGCCUAGAUUUGAAGACGGGGGAAAUUUAUUACAUAAACUGGCAGAAUGGAAUGAAAGCAAAGGAGGAUCCAAGGAGGGUAGCAGAAUACAGUAGCAGUAUGAGUAGGGAUUACAAGUCAGAAGAAGAGAGUUGGUACGAUAGCGAAGAGUCUUCAUCGGAGUCAUGCCCCUCUUCAUCCAAAGACCAGUGUUACCAAGAGCUGGGACAAGUAGAAAAGCAGAAUAAUAGUAGCAGCAGCAGUAGCAGUAGUAGUAGUAGUUAUAGUAAUAAUAAGGGUAAUGUCUUGGUUGUGGCUGGGUGCAAGAGCUGUCUCAUGUAUUUCAUGGUGCCCAAACAGGUUGAAGACUGCCCAAAAUGUGGUGGUCAACUCCUCCACUUUGAUCGAUCCGAAAGUGGCUCUCCNCUUUCAAUUUCUCUUGUUUCAUUUAGCUUGCCUGAGUCUCCACUACGGGACAACAGCAUGAAGAUAGAUGUUGGCGAGGCUGGUGCAGCCAACAACGAUGCAAUAUUCCAAAGGGCUUCGACGGUGUGA